UCCGCCUUGAAGCACCCUGGCGCCGUGGACACGUCAGCACGUCCGCGUGCUCUGUAGCUGUCAUGGCGAUGCUACCAUUGCCAGUAUUGGCAGCGUUGGCCUUCUGGAUCGCCAUGAGCGCAGCAAUGACCAUCUUCAACGCGUCCUUGUUGCAGGGCUUCAGACAUCCGGUGUGGCUGACCUUCUGGCAUCAGAUUGUAAGCACCAUGCUAGUUUCAAUGCUUCGCCUUCUGAAGCCCUCCUUGGUUGCCACGGGAGAUGAGAAGGCUGGUCGGCCAGCUCUGACCUUCUUUUCCGCUGUGCGCAUUGGCGUGCCGGUGGCAGCUGUGCAGUGCAUCGGCCUCAUCUCAGCCAACACCGCGGUGAUGUACAUCUCGGUGAGCUUCUGCCAGAUGAUCAAAGCUUGGACUCCGGCGACAGUCUACCUGGUGGGCUGCCUGGUGGGCACUCAAAAGUGGUCAGCACCCUGCGCAAAGACCUUGGCUGUGAUCACUGCUGGCCUGAUGAUUACCAGCGCAGGAGAACUAGAAUUUGGCUGGUAUGGCUUUCUAAUGCAGUGCACAGCCCUCUUCUCCGAGGGACUCCGAAUCAACCUGCUUGAGCUUCUACUGUCAUCGUCAGGCUACAAGCUGAACCCGCUGAGCUCUGUGAUGGUCUUUGCCCCAUUUGCUUCGCUCAUUUUGCUGAUGAUUGGCCUUGCCACUGAUGCAAAUGCAGUGUCCCUGGACGUCAUCCACGACAUUGGGGAGCCAGCCCUGGCCGCAAACGCCCUCAUUGCUUUUUUGCUGAACAUUGCGAGCUAUGUGGCAAUUCAGCUCUCUUCGGGCUUGGUCUAUGCCUUGGCAGGGAUUGUCAAGGACAUCUCGAUCAUUGUGGGAGCUGUAAUCCUUAUGGGCAGUUCAAUGUCAGCGAUGCAAAUGCUUGGCUAUGCUGUUGCGCUCGUGGGCAUACAAGCAUAUGGAGUGGUCAGCAAAGCUCCUGCCAAGUUUGAAUCUGGGGUUCUAUACGGUCUUGCAGAGCACCUCAAGGGAACUCCGCGGCCGCCUCCGAUCUUGGAUCUGGAGUGCAAUGACAUGGAUGGCAUCGGCAACUGCAUCCUUCAGUGUGAAGAAGGUUCGCCGGAGCUGGAUUUCGACCAGAUUGACCCCAAAUGUCCAGGUAUUGUGUGCACCAAGGGGAAAUUGCCCCGGUGUCCAGUUGACUGGGAGCCCAAAGGGGCAAUACGCCAUGUUUCUUCAAGGCAAAGACCUUAGACACUACGAGGCAAGUCACAGCCUCGGGACAGCUCUGCCGCUCUACCUCUUGCCGGUUGUUCGAGACAGCUCCCGCAAGCGCCCGGUGUUUUGCGCUCGAACGGAUUGCUGUCCCCACGGUCCCACGGUGACAACGAUGGGCGCCAAGGCGAGGGCCUUGGCUUGCAUGCGAACCAGCCGCGGAAUUGCGGUCCUGGAAGUCCACAAUUCGUCGCUUCUGCGCCGAGG